AUGACAUCGCUGACAGAUUCACCCAGAAGGUCUUUGGGUCGAUAUACUGGAACUGUAGUCAGACCGCAGCCAUAUUGCGACAAAACUAUGAUGGAGAGUGUUGUUAAUUUCAUUUCGGAUGUUGUACCCCAGGCCUAUAGCAAUAAUCCAAGGACAGAUGACAAAGAAAAAGUCCAGUGGGUCCGAUUUGAGCAAACAGAUAUAAAUGAUUUUACACGGAACCCAGAUUUUGCACAUCUGGAUGUGAAAACUGGGCCUCUUCUCAUUGUGCUAGGUUAUACAAAUGGUAUCCAAAUAUGGAAUCUCACGCCCAAAGGAGAAGCACAAGAAUUAUUAUCACUAAGGCAAGGCCCUGUGCGAGCAAUGAAGAUACUGCCCACCCCAAUACCUGUAUUUGAAGAAACGGACAACUUUGCAAAUAAGCGACCACUGAUGGUAAUCUGUGAUUCUUCAAGUUCUGGCCAAUCUUACAGUUCUGCAAGACUUGUUUCCUUGAAGACUGGGGAAGAAGUCCAUAGUUUAUCGUUCAAGACUCUUCCUAUUCAAAGUGUGGAAUGCAAUACCAGGGUUGUUAUCACAGUUUUUGCAGAGAAGAUGGCUGUCUUUGAAGCUUGUCAAUUUCGGCAGUUGUUUUGGGUCACAAAUUGUUACCCUUGUCCUGGACCUAAUGUAAAUCCUGUUGUCCUUGGACCAAGAUGGUUGGCCUAUGCUGACAAAAGACUUGUUUCUGUACAUCAGUCUUGUGGAGGCAUGUCUGGGGAUGGAUCACAGUCUUAUGCGGCCACGGUCAUCAAUGCUGCUAAGAGCAUCACCAAAGGUUUGACAAUGUUUGGAGAAGCUAUGGUAAGCAGUGUGACUGGGAAAACUCCUACGCCGCAUAAUACCAAAAAGGCCGAUUCUAUGUUUGUUUUGGACAAUGGUCUGAGACCUGGAAUUGUGACUGUGAUUGACAUCCUUGGUGUUCGAGGUGACCACUUUUCAGUCUCUGAAGAUUCUGAUUGUGAUGGACUUUUGGCACAUUUCCAUGCCCACGCCAAUGAACCCGUGGCAGCCAUGGCUUUUGACCCAAGUGGCACCUUAUUGUUAACAGCUUGUAAAUUGGGACACAACUUCCAUGUGUUUCGUCUCAUGACUCAUCCCUGCGGUUCAUCACUGGGGGCUGUGCAUCAUCUGUACACCCUCCACAGGGGAGACACCACAGCAAAGGUGGUUGACAUGGCUUUUUCUCUUGACAGCCGUUGGGUUUCUGUCAGUACACACAGGGGAACGACACACGUCUUUCCCAUCACGAGUUAUGGAGGUCCCGUAAGCAUCCGUACACAUUGUAAUCCUCGAGUUGUGAACAGGAUGAGCCGAUUCCACAGAAGUGCUGGGCUUGAUGAGAUUGAACGCACUACCACUGGACGUCACAGUCCAGUUCUGUCAGGAAGCCCAAGUUCGACAGCAGGCAUCCAAGAGUUGUAUCCCACUUACACACGCCAAAAUGCCCUCACCAAUAAUUUUGGCAACCCACGUCUGCCACCAUACCCACACCCUAUACCAAUCUACCCCCUUGCUCAGGUCAAGCAGCCAACUGCUAGCCUGUCUGGUAUUACGACAACUGUCACUGGUGCUAGGAGCAUAAACCCUACAUCCCAGUCAGCAAUGGCAGUCACUGAUCAACCUGUGUCAGCCGUUGCUUGUUUUGCAAGUCCAAGAUGUUGUGUUGGAUUCACUCCUCCCAUUCCAAUUGAGAGACGAGAGGGCAAGAAACCAUUUGCUUCAUUAUAUAUUGUGGGUCAUGAAGGUCUUCUCACAGAAUAUGAUCUGGAACCAAGACCCAAAGCUGCCCCAACAGACAAAAUUUCAGAUGACACACCUCUGGAACUUGUUGUCACUGGACAGUGUCAGUGGCAUUUACAGCGGUCCAAGUCAUCUCCUGAAUUACUACCCCCACUGGCUAACAACAACCCUUUGAUUUUAGGUACAACGGCUGUGCUAACCCAGCAACCAACUCUUCAGACAGACUAUGUUGAGCCUUGCCAAGUCACGCGACAUGAUUCCAGAGAUAGUCUCUCGUCUGAACAUAGCAGUAAGGAAGAUACGGAUGAAAGAUGGUUGCCACAGGUGGAGAUGUUAACCCAUGCUGGCCCUCAUCGUCGGUUGUGGAUGGGCCCCCAGUUUUCUUUUAAGACCUACCAAAAUAGCCAAUGCACGACCGUGUUGUCUUCAAGUUCAUCUGCUCUUCUAUCGCAGAACCCAGAAUCACCAAUUUGCUCCUCGGAAAUAAGUGGGGAAGACAUCUAUGAUUUACAGAGCCUUGCAAUCCAACCUGCCCGAUCCAGUCCCAUGGCAAUGCCUAACACCAGACCUGCAUACAGAAGAUCUUCUGCUUCUGAGGGUAGCUUGUCUACUGCUCGAGGCACAACCUGUUCCCCUUUGCUCAUCGAAGUAGGUAGCUUUGAGCAGUCCCCCAACCUGAGUGAUGUUUAUGGCUAUUGGACAGAAUCCGAGCUGUCCCGUUUGCCUCGAGGGAACACUGAAAAUAAUGAAGAGGAGGACAGUCGUCUGCGGGAACAUAUUGCUGAUGCCAUGUUAGAGUCACCACACAGAGAUGGUGGUGGACCCACCAGUCUUAGAGACAGUGAUGUCUUUGAUACUGAUGUGGAAGACAUGACAGCUACAACUGCAGGCAUAGAGACCAAAUCUUCAUCCAUGACUGAUCGUGACAUGGACGGGCUUUGUUUGGCAGAACCAAUAUGA